CAGGAUUUUAAUCAGAAAUUAAUCCAUCACCAUCAUGUCGUCCUUUGGAAGUUGGUACGAUGAACAAAAAGCGGCAGAAAACGGAGGCGCGUCGAAUUCCAAUUGGUUCUCUAUCGAUACAGAUGAGGUCUUGCCCCUAUUCAAUGCCGAAAACCUUCAAGGAUUUUCUUUUGAAAACAUGAAGCAAACUAUGGAGGGACAAAUGCCAAAGAAGAUUCUUGGAAUGGGAUACCAACAACGAUUUAAGGUAUGCUGACAUAGCAAACAUCAGAUAUGCCGAAUAUUUGUGGAUGCCCUGUAUGAUUCUGUUUCAGUCCUGUCCGUGUGUAUGUUUGUGUUUUUCGGCUCCAAGUCGGCAAGAUUGUACCUGACUGACGUGAUUCGCUUUAUCUUUUUACAAUCGUGAAAUAAUAAGGUGUUCUGCGCCCUUUUAUUCCUGUCGGGUCUCUUUUUCGCAUUGGCCUUUUUCGUUGGAGUUCCAAUGCUGGCCUUGAAACCACAAAAGUUUGCUCUUAGUUUCACGUGCGGAUCGAUCACCUUUAUGGGGAGCUUUGGAAUCAUGAAAGGCCCAUACGAGCACCUUAUCAGCAUGUGCACUAUGGAACGAAUGCCGUUCACAAUAAUAUAUCUUGGAAGUAUGAUGACGACUCUGUAUCUCACCUGUACCAAAGGCGGAAUGAAGGGAUACGCUCUAGUUCUAAUAUCUUCUGGUGAGUUCGAUUCAGAAAACCGUGAUUUAGAGAUAACAUGAAGUAGAGUGAUGCUGGUCACAAAGCAAUACGCGCGAUUCAAAUAUCAGCUGUACGUCAAUAUCCUCUUCUGACCGUCACUUUCUGCCUCGCGCUACUCUUGAUCCGUAACACAACGAACAUUUUUUUCAGGAGUGCAACUUGUUUCAUUGCUUUGGUA